AUGUAUAAUACACUGAAUGAAAUAUCCCUGCGUGAUGCCAGUGUGUUCAAACGAGAGCUACCAUUCAACCCUGACAUAGACCAGAAAGAUGAGAAGGGAUAUAGGGCCAAGGGAACUGGUAUACCGCUGAUCACAACACUGCAAAACAUGCCAUCACAACAUACAUCCGUUGUCUCGAAUACUGAACAAAAUGCAGUACUCAGAGAGCAUACGGAUGGAGGAAGUAGUGUACAAUCUAAUACGCUUGCAUCACUGCGACCUGAUGCAACUAUAGUGGACCGACAUCCAGAGUUGUCAUAUGGCACGUCUGUGUUCCACGUUACCAACACAUCUGCUGAUGACAAGUGCAUACAGUUGGAAGAAUGCUCAUCUCCACUGCCGCCAGGGGAAAUCAUGGAAAUCUUAGAGACUGAAAAGAAUGAUGAUUGGGAUGCGAUGUAUAACACAUUACUGGAUGAAAUAUCUCCGAGUGAUGUCAUUGCUUCCAAACUUGAGCUACCAAUCAACCCUUACAUAGACGAGAUAGAUGAGGAAGGAUACACACCGCUCUACAAGACAACUUUAGAAGGUAAUCUCGAAGAUGUUCAGGAUCUCAUAUCACGGGGAGCUAACCCAAAUAGUCCAAGUAAGGGUGGACUCCGUCCUCUUCAUGCAGCGGCUCAAGAAGGACAUGCACACAUCGUUGACAAUCUCAUCCUCCAAGGAGCGGACGUAGGUGUUGAAUGUGACCUAGGUCGAACACCUCUUCAUACAGCGGCUAAAAGAGGUUAUGUUGACAUCUUAGAGAGCUUCAUUGCAGAAGGACCUGAUUUGGACCAAGAAGAUAACACAGGGUGGACGUCAUUCCAUGCCGCCGUUGAAGAGGGCCAUCUAGAAGCCGUGAAAUAUCUCAUGACCCAAGGGGUGAAGCGGAGCAGAUAUAGCGGCAAGACACCUCUCUAUUUGGCAGCACAAUAUGGUCAUUUAGAAGUCGUCCAGUACUUAAUAUCCAAAGGGACUGAUGUAAAUGAAGAAGACGAGGAAGGAAUGAUUCCACUCCACGGUGCAGCUAUUCAUGGCCAACUCGAUGUUAUGGAAUAUCUCAUUCAGCAAGGAUCUGAUGUGAACAAGGGUGAUACCAAGGGUUGUACACCAUUCAAUGCUGCCGUUCAGAAGGGGAACUUAGAAGCUGUCAGAUUUAUCCUGACUCUAGGAGCGAGACAGAACAGAUAUGCUGGUAUGACCCCUAUCUAUGCCGCAGCAAGAUUUGGUCAUUUAGAUCUCGUAAAAUUCUUCAUUUCCAUAAGGCUCGAUGUGAACGAAGAAAAUGAUUCAGGAAGGAUUCCUCUCCACUGUGCAGCUAUUCACGGUAACACUGAAGUCAUGGAAUAUCUCAUUCAACAAGGAUCUAAUGUGAACAAGGGUAAUGCCAAGGGUUGGACACCAUUCAAUGCUGCUGUUCAAUAUGGCCAGCUCGAAGCUGUCAAAUAUCUAAUGUCUGAAGGAGUGAAGCAGAACAUAUAUGAUGGUAUGACCCCACUCUAUGUCGCAGCUCAAUGUGGUCAUUUAAAUCUGGUAAAGUUCUUCAUUUCCAAAGGAGUCUAUGAUGUGAACGAGGAAAAUGAUACAGGGUGGAUUCCUUUCCACGGUGCAGCUAUUCACGGUAACACUGAAGUCAUGAAAUAUCUCAUUGAGAAAGGAUCAGAUGUAAACAAGAUGGAUGCCAAGGGAUGGACACCAUUCAAUGCUGCUGUUCAAUAUGGCCAGCUAGAAGCUGUCAAAUAUCUGAUUACUGAAGGAGUGAAGCAGAACAGACAUGGUGGUAUGACUCCACUCUAUGCCUCAGCUCAAUGUGGUCAUUUAGACAUCGUCAAAUUCUUGAGUUCCAAAGGAGCUGAUGUGAAUGAAGAACACGAUGAUGGUAUGAUUCCUCUCCACGGCGCAGCUGCUCAAGGCCACAUGAAGGUCAUGGAAUAUCUCAUUCAGCAAGGAUCUAAUGUCAACAAGGGCGAUGCCAUGGGUUGGACACCAUUCAAUGCUGCUAUUCAAUAUGGCCAUCUUGAAGUUGUCAAAUAUCUCAUGACUCUGGGGGCAAAGCAGAACAGAUAUGAUGGAAAGACCCCACUAUAUGCCGCUUCAUAUUUUGGUCAUUUACACAUCGUGGAAUACUUCAUUUCCAAAGGAUCUAAUGUGAACGAAGAAAGUGACAAAGAGAUGAUUCCUCUCCAUGGUGCAGCUAUUCGAGGCCACUUGAAAGUCAUGGAAUAUCUCAUUCAGCAAGGAUCUGAUGUGAACAAGGGCGAUGCCAAGGGUUGUACACCAUUCAAUGCUGCCGUUCAGAAGGGGAACUUAGAAGCCGUCAGAUUUAUCCGGACUCUAGGAGCGAGACAGAACAGAUAUGCUGGUAUGACCCCACUAUAUGCCGCUUCAUAUUUUGGUCAUUUACACAUCGUGGAAUACUUCAUUUCCAAAGGAUCUAAUGUGAACGAAGAAAGUGACAAAGGGAUGAUUCCUCUCCAUGGUGCAGCUAUUCGAGGCCACUUGAAAGUCAUGGACUAUCUCAUUCAGCAAGGAUCUGAUGUGAACAAGGGUGAUGCCAAGGGUUGUACACCAUUCAAUGCUGCCGUUCAGAAGGGGAACUUAGAAGCCGUCAGAUUUAUCCUGACUCUAGGAGCGAGACAGAACAGAUAUGCUGGUAUGACCCCUAUCUAUGCCGCAGCAAGAUUUGGUCAUUUAGAUCUCGUAAAAUUCUUCAUUUCCAUAAGGCUCGAUGUGAACGAAGAAAAUGAUUCAGGAAGGAUUCCUCUCCACUGUGCAGCUAUUCACGGUAACACUGAAGUCAUGGAAUAUCUCAUUCAACAAGGAUCUAAUGUGAACAAGGGUAAUGCCAAGGGUUGGACACCAUUCAAUGCUGCUGUUCAAUAUGGCCAGCUCGAAGCUGUCAAAUAUCUAAUGUCUGAAGGAGUGAAGCAGAACAUAUAUGAUGGUAUGACCCCACUCUAUGUCGCAGCUCAAUGUGGUCAUUUAAAUCUGGUAAAGUUCUUCAUUUCCAAAGGAGUCUAUGAUGUGAACGAAGAAAAUGAUACAGGGUGGAUUCCUUUCCACGGUGCAGCUAUUCACGGUAACACUGAAGUCAUGAAAUAUCUCAUUGAGCAAGGAUCAGAUGUAAACAAGAUGGAUGCCAAGGGAUGGACACCAUUCAAUGCUGCUGUUCAAUAUGGCCAGCUAGAAGCUGUCAAAUAUCUGAUUACUGAAGGAGUGAAGCAGAACAGACAUGGUGGUAUGACUCCACUCUAUGCCUCAGCUCAAUGUGGUCAUUUAGACAUCGUCAAAUUCUUGAGUUCCAAAGGAGCUGAUGUGAAUGAAGAACACGAUGAUGGUAUGAUUCCUCUCCACGGCGCAGCUGCUCAAGGCCACAUGAAGGUCAUGGAAUAUCUCAUUCAGCAAGGAUCUAAUGUCAACAAGGGCGAUGCCAUGGGUUGGACACCAUUUAAUGCUGCUAUUCAAUAUGGCCAUCUUGAAGUUGUCAAAUAUCUGAUUACUCUGGGGGCAAAGCAGAACAGAUAUGAUGGAAAGACCCCACUAUAUGCCGCUUCAUUUUUUGGUCAUUUACACAUCGUGGAAUACUUCAUUUCCAAAGGAUCUAAUGUGAACGAAGAAAGUGACAAAGGGAUGAUUCCUCUCCAUGGUGCAGCUAUUCGAGGCCACUUGAAAGUCAUGGAAUAUCUCAUUCAGCAAGGAUCUGAUGUGAACAAGGGCGAUGCCAAGGGUUGUACACCAUUCAAUGCUGCCGUUCAGAAGGGAAACUUAGAAGCCGUCAGAUUUAUCCAGACUCUAGGAGCGAGACAGAACAGAUAUGCUGGUAUGACCCCACUAUAUGCCGCUUCAUAUUUUGGUCAUUUACACAUCGUGGAAUACUUCAUUUCCAAAGGAUCUAAUGUGAACGAAGAAAGUGACAAAGGGAUGAUUCCUCUCCAUGGUGCAGCUAUUCGAGGCCACUUGAAAGUCAUGGAAUAUCUCAUUCAGCAAGGAUCUGAUGUGAACAAGGGUGAUGCCAAGGGUUGUACACCAUUCAAUGCUGCUGUUCAAUAUGGCCUUCUUGAAGUUGUCAAAUAUCUCAUGACUGACGGAGUGAAGCAGAACAGUUUUGAUGGAAUGACACCACUUUAUGCCGCGGCAAGUCACGGCCACUUACAAAGCGUUAAAUACUGCAUUUCCAAUGAAGCUGAUGUGAACGAAAUGGAUAGUUUGGGUCGGAUCCCAUUGCAUGGUGCAGCUGUUCAAGGUAACACUGAAGUCGUGAAAUAUCUCAUUCAGCAAGGAUCUGAUGUGAACAAGAGUGAUACUAGUGGGUGGACGCCUUUCAAUGCUGCUAUUCAAUAUGGCCAUUUAGACGUGAUCAAAUGUCUCAUGACUAAAGGGGUUAAAAGGAUCAGGUAUUGCGGAGUCCCUUUACUCCAUGGCGCAUCACUAUUUGGUCAUUUGGAUGUCGUCAAAUACUUCAUUUCAAUAGGAGAUGAUGUGAACGAAAAAGAUGCCAAAGGGAGGAUUCCUCUUUAUGAAGCUGCUACUAACGGUAACAUAGAAGUCAUGGAAUAUCUCAUUCAACAAGGGUCUGAUGUCAACAAGGAAGAUAACACCGGAUGGACUCCAUUCAAUGCUGCUGUUCAGGGGGGAUAUUUAGAAGCUGUCAAAUAUCUCAUGACUGAAGGAGUAAAGCAGAACAGAUACAAAGGUGAGACCCCACUCUAUGCUGCAGUAGAAUUUGGUCAUUUAGACAUCAUCAAAUUCUUCAUAUCCAAAGGAGCAGAUGUGAACGAAGAAGAUGACGAAGGGAUGAUUCCUCUCCAUCUAGAAGCUGUCAACUAUCUAAUGUCUGAAGGAGUGAAGCAGAACAUAUAUGAUGGUAUGACCCCACUCUAUGUCGCAGCUCAAUGUGGUCAUUUAAAUCUGGUAAAGUUCUUCAUUUCCAAAGGAGUCUAUGAUGUGAACGAGGAAAAUGAUACAGGGUGGAUUCCUCUCCACGGUGCAGCUAUUCACGGUAACACUGAAGUCAUGAAAUAUCUCAUUCAGCAAGGAUCUAGUGUGAACAAGGGUGAUGCCAAGGGUUGGACACCAUUCAAUGCUGCUGUUCAAUAUGGCCAGCUAGAAGCUGUCAAAUAUCUGAUUACUGAAGGAGUGAAGCAGAACAGACAUGAUGGUAUGACUCCACUCUAUGCCUCAGCUCAAUGUGGUCAUUUAGACAUUGUCAAAUUCUUGAGUUCCAAAGGAGCUGAUGUGAAUGAAGAACAAGAUGAAGGUAUGAUUCCUCUCCACGGCGCAGCUGCUCAAGGCCACAUGAAGGUCAUGGAAUAUCUCAUUCAGCAAGGAUCUAAUGUCAACAAGGGCGAUGCCAUGGGUUGGACACCAUUCAAUGCUGCUAUUCAAUAUGGCCAUCUUGAAGUUGUCAAAUAUCUGAUUACUGUGGGGGCAAAGCAGAACAGAUAUGAUGGAAAGACCCCACUAUAUGCCGCUUCAUAUUUUGGUCAUUUACACAUCGUGGAACACUUCAUUUCCAAAGGAUCUAAUGUGAACGAAGAAAGUGACAAAGGGAUGAUUCCUCUCCAUGGUGCAGCUAUUCGAGGCCACUUGAAAGUCAUGGAAUAUCUCAUUCAGCAAGGAUCUGAUGUGAACAAGAAAGAUAACACUGCGUGGACUGCAUUCAAUGCUGCUGUUCAAAAUAGUCAUCUAGAAGCUGUCAAAUAUCUCAUAAAUGAAGGAGCAGGACAAAACAAAUAUGACGGAAUGACCCCUCUCUAUGCCGCAUCAUCUUUUGGUCAUUUACCCAUCGUGGAAUACUUCAUUUCCAAAGGAGCUGAUGUGAAGGAGGAAAAUGAUACAAAACGGAUUCCUCUCCACGGUGCUGCUGCUCAAAGCCAUGUGAAAGUCAUGGAAUAUCUCAUUCAGCAAGGAUGUGAUGUGAACAAGGAAGAUAACACUGGUUGGACACCAUUCAAUGCUGCUGUACAAUAUGGUCAUCUAGAAGCUGUCAACUAUCUCACGACUCAAGGAGCAAAACAGAACAGAUAUAAUGGAAUGACCCCAUUCUAUACUGCAGCACAAUCUGGUCAUUUAGAUAAAGUCGAAUUCUUCCUUUCUAAAGGAGCUGAUGUAAACGAAAAAACUUACAAAGGCAAAAUUCCUCUCCACGGUGCUGCUGCUCGAGGCCACCUGAAAGUCAUGGAAUAUCUCAUUCAGCAAGGAUCUGAUGUGAACAAAGUUGACGUCAAAGGCUGGACUCCAUUCAAUGCUGCUGUUCAAAAUGGUCAUCUAGAAGCUGUCAAAUAUCUCACGACUCAAGGAGCAGAGCAGAACAGAUAUGAUGGAAUGACCCCACUUUGUGCAGCUGCACAAUGUGGUCAUCUAGAAAUCUUGAAAUUCUUCAUUUCCGAAGGAGCUGAUGUGAACGACGAAGGUGAAACAGGAAAGAUUCCUCUCCAUGGUGCAGUUGCUAAUUGCCGCUUGAAAGUCAUGGACUACCUCAUUCAACAAGGAUCCAAUGUGAACAAGAAAGAUAACACUGGAUGGACCCCAUUCAAUGCUGCUGUGCAAUAUGGUCAUCUAGAAGCUGUGAAAUACCUCAUGACUAAAGGAGCAAAACAGACCAAAUAUGAUAGUAUGACCCCACUCUAUGCUGCAGCACAAGUUGGUCAUUUAGACAUCGUCAAAUUCCUCGUAUCCAAUGGUGCUGAUGUGAACGAAGAAACUUACAAAGGGUUGAUUCCUCUCCAUGGUGCAGCUAUUCGAGGUCACGUGAAAGUCAUGGAAUAUCUAAUUCAGGAAGGAUCUGAUGCGAACAAGGAAGAUAACACCGGAUGGACUCCAUUCAAUGCUGCCGUUCAAUAUGGUCACGUAGCAUCUACCAAAUAUCUCACGUAUAAGGGAGCGAAGCAGAACAGAUACGAUGGGAUGACCCCGGUCUACGCUGCAGCGUAUUUUGGUCAUUUAGACAUCUUAACAUUCUUCAUUAACAACGGUGCUAAUGUGAAUGAAGAAAAUGACAAAGGGAUGAUUCCUCUCCAUGGUGCUGCUGUUCGAGGCCACAUGAAGGUCAUGGAAUAUCUCAUUCAGCAAGGUGUGGAUGUCAACAAGAAUGAUUACCGAGGAUGGACGCCAUUACAUGCUGCCGUAAAAAAUGGCCAUUUAGAAGUUGUCAAACUUCUCUUGGCAAAAGGAGCUCAGGGUACACAGUUUGAAGGAAUUACCCCACUUUACAUCGCAACACAGUAUGACCAUGUUGAUGUGGUAAAAUUCCUUGUCCUCAAUGGAUAUGACGUGAACGAAAGAAAUGAAUGCGGCGAGUCCCCUCUUCAUGCAAGUUGUUGUAAUGGCAACAUGGAUAUCGUGAAAUUACUCGUUCACCACAACGCUAAUGUCAAUGAACAAGAUCACGAUGGAUGGACACCACUCGAAGCCGCUGCACAAGAAGGACACCAAGAAAUAGUUGAUUACCUUACACUGAAUGGAACAAACAUGAGCCCGAAGGAGAUACAUGUAGAUGGUUUGAAGCCACUCCAGGUAGCAGCAUACAUACGCCUGCCACAGUUAAUAGAAGGCAUCUCAUCACGUAGAAGUGACCUAGGUGAGGAAGAAACAGGAGAUCCACGAACUGGUGACCACCAGGAUAUCAUCACAACAGAAUACAUGACGGUAUCACUGAAGGAUGCAGACACCCAGUCACGUACAGGAAAGUUAGCAUGUCAGGUAGACACUGCAGAAGAGAGGAAAGACUGCAAUCAAGCUGGUAAUGCGAAGAGAGGGACCGUUGAACUCUCCUUGGAGAAUCUGUCCACAAGAACCCUUGAUGAUGACAAAGAUGCAGCUCAUCCAAACGUAAAUGAUCACCUCUCCCAACGUAGAGGUGACCCGAAUGAAGAAGAUACAGGAGAUCCACUAUCGGAGGGCCACCACUUUGGUGCUAAAUAUCUCGCCACAAGAGGUUAUGCAAAGAAGAUGGAGAAGGUGGUCGAUAUGAAGGGAACAUACACCCAGUCACGUACAAGACAGUUAGCAUUUCAGGUAGACGAUGCAGAGGGUAGUGAUUACUGCAGUCAAGCUGAUAAUACGAAGAGAGGAGCUAAUAAGCUCUUCUUGAAGCAUCUUCACACAAGAGUUGAUGAUGAUGAAAAAGCUGGCAACGGUGUACACAAUCCCUUCCCUACCCACCCACCAGCUGUCGAUCAACAUAGGUUGUCUGACGGAAACCCUGUCUCCACCCACGGAACAUCCUCAAACCCAGUUUGGAAAAUCGAGACCAAACGUCGAUCAUCGGUUGACCGGUGUUCUGGAAAUCUGGACCUCGUACAAACUUUCCUGCAGAUGAUUGUCGCGUUGGCCAUCAUUCUUGCUGGAAGCCCGGCUCUCGUAGCAGGCAGGGGUAUCACCGAACGGGUCACGUUACAAGCAGGUACACCUGGUGUGGUCCCAUUCCAUCUCCCACGGUCAAGUGGUGAAACAUCACAUGAGUUUUCAUCUUAUUUCCUUGGAUUCAAAUCCAAGCCUCGUCCAUUCAACAUUAAUGGAGAAACUGAUAUCAAGGGUUAUAAAAGCCCAUCCCAGUUACCAAGAUUUACAACCUCACUCACAGGUAUAGACACUUCCCAGUGCGUGAAUCUGGUUAUCGAUAACGUUGAUACUGUAGACGAGGGUGUGUAUGUAUUAACGACAGUCUGGCGUAGUUUUGAGAACGUUCGGUAUGAAACUAUGAUGAAGGAGAUUGUUGUACAGAUCCCAACCGGUCGAGCAAAAUGCUACAUCACUUUAAGUGAAAAUGGUGACUCUCCCUAUGACGUACACUGUCAAGCAACCAUUGGAAGUGUUAAACCCACGAUAUCAUGUUACCAGAAUGAUAAGAUGAUUGACAUCAGAGUUCCUUUCCUGCUGAAAAUCACCUGA